AUGUGGCUCUUUGCAGCCAUCAGCCUCGCGAUCGCCACGCCGUGUGUCCGCUCGGGGCUCGAGGCGCUCUUCGCCGAGCUCUCCAUCGUCUUCUUCACGUACCUCACGCUCGUGUCCGCUGCCCUCACGCUCGUGCUGCUGCUCGCGCUCGGGUUCCACACCCGCCGCUUCCUCCUCGACAGCCGUCCAGAGCGCCCGUGUCGCGUGAUCGAGACGGGUUCCUCGCGCUCCGGCGCUGCUGCAGCCACGUCGGCGCUCGGCCAUGUCGAGUGGAAGCGCGGGACGAAGCAGCGCGCGUUCCUGUUGCGCGUCAAGAGCACGACGGGCGACAUCGCGGGCAGCGGCUUUUACCCGCCGCAGCUCUGGACGCUGCCGCUCUUUGUGCUCACGAUGCUGCCGAUCAUCAACAGCGUUAUGGUCGGCGGAGGAGGAGGAGAAAGAGGAGGAGAAAGAGCAGGAGGAGGAGCGACGUCGGCGCAUCUUCGCAGCAGCUUUGCGAACGAGACGACGACGGCAGCAGCAGCUGAUGCUACUGAUGCUGCGGCGCUCGUGGCGUUGCAAGAGCAGCUGACGAAGUGUCGGUACUCGGAAAGCGACACGUGUCUCGACAAUGUCACGAGCAUUGCGGAAUUUGGCGAGUACCGACAGGCUGCUGGGUACUGCGUGGCAUUCGAUGCGGCUCCUGUGGACGAGCACAGAGCUCGGACGACGAUGUUGGCUCAAUACUUUCCCAUUGCUGUGGACGAUGCGAAUGGACGUGGCUUUGCAAACAACUUUUCGGCGUGGUCGAGCGCGAGUCAGGAGACGUUCCAGACAGAUUGCUCGCUGCUGUACAACGAGACGGUGAAAGGAAAAGCGCAGGAGCUCUUGUGCUGCACCGAGACGCAGUACGAGAUGCUGAGUUUGCGACUGCGGGAAUUACUAGGAGAGUGCACGUCGUGCACGGAGAGCUUGCGCAACUUGUGGUGCCAGUUCACCUGUCACCCCAGCAACAGUUUGUUUGUGGACGUCACGCAGGUGCGGCUCGUGGAAGGAGAAGCAGAGCACGCGCACGAGGUCUUUCCAGUCAUUGAGGAGGCAACGUACUACGUGGGCCGCGACGUAGUGAGUGACGUGCACGACUUUUGUGAAGCUGACACGGAAUUUGCGGCGCUAGUGUGUGGCGGGAACAAUGAAAACUGCUCGACAAUAGGCUCCGACAUGUUGGAAUACCUGGGCGCGCACAGCUUUCGUCCCAGCGCAGGACCGUCGUCACGAGUUCACUUUGCUACGAUGGAGCAGCUGUCGAUGGUUGAAAGGGAACAGAGCGUUUGUGCGUGUGGCGAUACGAACGCGACGGGUUGUUUCGCGCCGAUGAAUACGCGGCUCGGAUCUUGUGCGGACACAUGUGGUUCACUGUGCAGCGUGAGUGCUGAUGACAGGCGUCCGUAUGAGCCGGUUUGUUACAACGCUAGCAGCUCUUUGGUCCCGGGUGCUCUGAGCGUGCUCACUCUCACCGGCACGCUCACUAGUAGCAGCACUAGCGGUGCGAACAAGAUUGAAUCGUUGCUGUCCGAGUUGUCGCGCCGUGCCGAAGAAGGUGACCUGUCGAUGUUGAAUUACGUGUUGGCUGUGCUGGCCUUCUUCUGGACGGCUGUAGUGGCGCUCGGCUUUGCGUACUCUGUACGAUACGGCAAGAAGAAGCGUCAAUCUGUGCUGAGUAAUCCUGUCAACGGGUCAAGAGGCCGUGGACUGCUACUACCGCUCAUAGACGUGGAUCGGCUGAAAGGUAUUAGUCGCUGGGACGAGUGGCUGACGCAGCGCAUGAAGCGCUGGGGCGACUUCGUGGCCAUGGGGCACCAUCCCUUGUACAUUGUGCUCUUGUCGUUGAUGAUUGUCGUGUGCUGUUUAAGUGGCUUAGCUCGCUUGGAAGUGGCAUCGGAUGCAACGAGGCUGUGGGUAUCAGAAGACAGCACUGUUUCUGAGGAAAGAGCGCGCUUUGAAGUGAUGUUCGGACCUCCUGAUCGGGCAGAGCAAUUGGUACUGAUAGCAAAGGAUGGUGGUGCAGUGACCAGGUCGGCGUAUCUGAAGGAAGCGAUUCGCUUACAGCGGAUUAUUGCGCAGGAAGUUACGUCCGGCAGGGAUACUCUCAGUGGUAUUUGCGUCACGGACGCCUCGACAUCGUCCUGUCAGGUUCAUGCGGUCACGCAAUACUUUCAGAACAGCAUGGAGCACUUUGAGGUGUAUGAGACGUACGGUCUGGUCGACCGACACUUGCGCAAUUGUGCGAAUGCCCCCGAGCGAGCAGACAGCGAUGUGUGCAGAGAGCUGCAGGUGCAGAUCAAUAAUGCAUCAUCGGAUACGACUUUGCCUUCCAGCAUGAAGGACUGCCCGUGUGUAUCGUCUUUUGGUGCGCCGAUGAUGGAGCUGGAAAAGUAUCUUGGCGGAGUUACUGCGACUGGUGACUUGCUGGAUGCCAACACUUACUUACAGCAAGGAUCUGCUCUCUUGUCGACUGUUGCAGUGAUCAACCACCAGGACGCAGCUAAGAAUUCGGAUGCGAUAGCGUGGGAGCGUGCGUUCAUCACGCGAAUGGAGAAGGAAGCGGAGAUCAACACGUUGUAUGACGUCUACUAUGCUGCUGAGACGUCUGCGGCCGAUGAGUUUGCGAACGCGUUGGAUCUGGACCUGUAUACUGCAGGGUUUGCAGGCUUUGUCUUCAUGGUCAUCUAUGUGCUCAUCGGACUGAAUCAUCGGAAGCUGGACCGCUACUUCUUCUAUUCGUCGAAGAUUGGCGUAGGCAUCGUGGGCGUAGCCUGCAUCUUGAUGUCUGUCGGUGGAACAUUGGGAAUGAUCGCGUGGACAGGCGUGCAGCUGCAGGUUGUGACGCUUGUCGUGCUGCCGUUGGGUGUGCUUGCGAUCAGUACAGGGAACAUUUUCUUGAUUCUUCAUGCUGUCGACCUGAAACAGGACGAGCUGAAGAUGGAGCAGCAGUCGUUGUUUGUCGGUCUACAAGACAACGAUUUUGGCGUCCACGAGAUUACGUGUGUGCUCCUGUGUGAGGCUGCUGGUCACAUUGGUCCCAGUAUGAUCGUGACAACUGCGUGCGAAUGCUGCGUUCUUGCUUGUGCUGCGUAUUCGACAGUGCCAGCGGCUCAGUGGCUUGCCGGCUCGCUGGUCGUCGGUGUUGCGACCAGUUUGGCUUUGCAGAUGACCCUGUUUCUUGCGAUCGUGGCACUUGACAAACGUCGCGAACUGAGCGGCACGUACGAUGUAGUCUGCUGUAAGCGCGCGUCACUUCCUCGUCGCUCCCACCUUUCGGAUGGGACAACUGCUCCAACCGAAAGCUCAUCGUUUCCAGGAAGCGCGUUUGCUCUGCCAACGUUGAAUUUGAUGGACCACUGCUUCACUGGCUACCUCAAGGUCUUGACGACAAAGGUGUCAAAGGUACUCGUGCUGCUGGUCUUCUUUGCGUGCACUCUUCUGGCGAUUGCUUCCAUCGAGACACUGGACAGUGGUCUUCUACCAACCGCGUUGAUUCCAUUAAACUCGUACCUGCACGCCUACUACCGCGCGCUCGACGAAAGCAGCUUGUCAAGCAGCGAUUCCCCUGUCCACUUCGUGGUGGAAGCCAGCUACGGCAGCAAUCCUGAUGGUUACAGCCUCGUGAACAACGUGGCAACUCAGCGCAUGUUGUGCUCUUCGAGAGCGAUAUGUGCUGACCUCUCGAUCCCGAACAUCCUCAGCGCGUUGGCGAACGAAGGCGGAAGCAACGACACAUCAGUCAACGAUGGCGCAGUAGUGGCCUCGUGGCUGGAUGAUUUCUGGGGCUUUAUUGACCCGAACAGUGAAUGCUGCCGCGUGGACCCAGAAAACGGCUACGCGUACUCUCGUCUGCGUCCAGAAGAGAGCACAGCGGCGGAUGUUCGCGAACGCGUGACCACGACUUCUUCGUGUUUGGCAAAUGCAAGCGACGUUCUGUCGGUGCCGCGAGAGUCGUUCGUACCAUUGGUUCGCAUGUUCUAUACCACAGCGUCUGGGCCGCUCUGCUCCUACGCUGCUGGCACGCGCUACCGUGGACAGCUGAGUAUUGACAACCAAAGCAUGGCGGCCAUGAGCAACAACGCUAUCCUGACGCUGAAUGGCACUGGCGAAGGCAUUGACGUCACUGCGUUUGCGUACAAGGUGAUGAACAUCGCGCGUGGCCCGUCCACGGGUUCAGGCAACCAAGAGAGAGCAGUCAAGGCCUAUUCACAGGCGCAGCACAUUGCAAAGUGGAUCAGCGAGCAGACCGGCAUUGACGUUUGGGUGUACUCACCGGAGUACGUCUUCCUGGAUCAGUUUCGCUCGGUUCGCCGUAUGGCAUACGUUGCGCUGACCGUCGGUCUUGCUGCGGUGUUUGUGCUGCAGAGCGCAGCUCUUGGAAGCUGUCGAUACGGCUUGGCCGUGACUUUGAUUGCUGCAGCCACUGCAGUCCAAGUUGCUGGCCUGAUGACGUCAAUGGGUGUGCUUCUCAACUCGCUCGCAGUCGUGGGUCUUUCCAUUGCUGUCGCCUUUUCCGUGGACUUCUCUGGUCACUUUGUCGGUUUGUUCGCCAAGACUCGCGCCCUCACGGAUGGUUCUGGCUACCCUCUUACGGGCGACAAAUGCGUGAAGAAAGUCGUGACGCAGCUGCCGGCGUCCUGCACGCUGGGCGUCGCCAUUUCCAAGUUUGUCGCCAUCGCUGCGCUCGCUUUGGCAGCAACGCCAGCCGGCAAUUGUUUCUUCCACACAGUGUUUGCCGCAGCACUGUGCGCUUGGCUGAACAGUGCGGUGCUGCUGCCUGUGGUCUUCAGCAUUGCUGUGGAUGCCAGGGAAGGCCGUGUGCGUGAAGCAAAGCCGACGACCGAAGAAGGGGGCGAGUACUCGUGCUCGAGUCCUUCUUCCUCGUACCGCCACAACGCGUCUCUUGUUGGCUAUUUUCCUGGUGAGCUGACCACAUCAGAGUCCUGA